UCAUUUGGUGAAGAAAAGACUUCUGAUUUAAAAGCGUUAAUUUAAAUGAUUAAAGAAGAUGAUAUUGUCUUAAAUAUGACGCUUUGAAUUUCAGGUCAAAAAUGGUUGUUGAGGAAAUUAUACCCGUAUGCAUUGCAGGGCUACCACUGACAAUCGGGGAAAAACAAAUACGUAAAGAACUUAUUGAACCUCUAGAUCUAAAUGUCACCGAUAUUUUUAUUGACAAGCGUCGCGACGGGUUCGUAAGUACAACGGAAUAUAAUUACGCUAAAUGUUAUCUGAAUGUGAAGACGAAAACUGCGAUUAAAAAGAUUUGUGCCAUUAUCCACAAGAGUGAUUUCAGCAGAAAAACGAAUCUAAAUUCAGUAAAACCAAUUGCAUUAAUUCCUGUUUCUGUUGCCGAGAUCUGUAAAAAUACAGGUUCAAAUGUUAUUGAAGACGAAGAAAGCAAAGAAACUGUAUCGAAUUUGGAUGAAAAUAAUGACCGCAAAAGGAAGUUGAAAUCUAAAGAUAUCCGCGAAUUUGACACUGAUUUUGAAGAGCGAACGGUGAACAAAAAAGACAAAUUGGAUCAAAGUGAAGAAACGGAAACAAAAGCAGAUGAGCUAAUUGCUCCUAAAAAGGAAGAAGAAGAUCUCUCGAACUGUGUUUACUUGGCUUUGACGGGGUUAGAGGAAAAAUCGACCCAAGAAUCAGUCAAACAAUUGUUCUCAGAAACUGGAAACGAAGCCAAAAAAGUUUAUUUCGACAACUCGGGAGAAAAACUGAAAGCGUUCGUUCUUUCACCUGUAUCUGCAGGUGCUGGUUUGAAACGAUUCUGUGCCUUUUUGUGCAAGGAGUUAACAGCUAAAGCUGGCUCGAAAAUAAACGUGAAACAUGUUGAAACGAUACCAAAUUAUUUGACUAGCAAAAAUAGUUUCAGCGAGCAUAAAAGUGAAGGUUCUUCCGAUUAUGAUAGAAAUAGAAAUGAUCAAUCGAAGCACGAAAAACGUUGGGGUUGGGUUGAAAAAUCUGAAAACGGAAAUCGAGGGUUCAAAUCUGAACACAAUGAUUUCAAUUCUUAUGAAAAUUCAAACUAUAACAAUGAUUCAUACAAAAGAAGUUAUGACGACAAUUACGAAAACGAAUCGAAUAAAUACUCGCAAGAUUUCAGAGAAAAGAGAGGUUAUAAUAACGGACCUAAAGUAUAUUCAACGAAACCGUAUAAACCGAUUAUCUAUUACGAUCCGACUAACCCAGAACAUAAAUGCUACGAGUUAGAUUAUGAAUCAGAUUCCGAGAAAAAAAUUGACGAUAAAGAAAAAUUAGAAAAUGGACAGGAAAAAAUGAAUGAAAUUUCUGACAUCGAAAGAACCGAAAAGUUGAAAUCGGUUUUGACCGAAGCAAAAGCUUCUGGUUUUAGUUUUGGUUUUGACACAUCAAACAAUACUAGUGAAAAUGGUAAAAUUGAUGAUUCAAAAAUAGGGGAAGACUUAGAAGCUAAAAUUAAAGCGAAGAUUCAACAGCCUAAGUUGAUGUUUACAUUGCCGUCUUUGGACGAGUUGAGAAACGUUAAUUUUUACAAUCCGAAGAAAAAUGAAGAAAUUGUUGCUUUGAGUAGAAGUUCCAAAAAGAAAACGGCAAAGAGUUCGGGCUUUAAAAACAGGCCGAAAAAUCUGCCUCAAAAGAAAGUCAAAACUGAACCGAAAGAUAAAAUACCUUGAUUUUAUAAUGUUCCUUGAUUGUUUUCUGGCAUUAAUUAAUUAACAUUAUUCUUGAA